AUGGCCGAUCUGCACCCCUCACCGCCCCCGCGCGUGGACGUGGCCUCCGACUCGAGGUCAUUUGAGAACCGUGGACGUUGGUUCAUUGUUAGUGGUCGUUCUCUCUUCAAUUCUCUUUAUGGUACUGGCUCUCCGGAUUUAGAGGAAAUCUUUGAAGCCGUACCAGCUGUUGCCUACACUUGUGAAUGUCAGCCGAGGUAA